UAGUUGGUUCAGUCACUGAGACCUCUUUAUUUGGGGAUCUGCAAGACAUAGAUAAUUUUAUUUCACACAGGGCAUCUGCACCCAUGUCUUCAAAGAAGAAAAGGAAAUUGUCUGAAGUUGUCAAGAAAGCUUGUAUCGGUUUCACUGAAGUGAUAGGAACAUUUAUAAGUGAGGUGUCCACAAUUAGUGAUGAUUCUGAGGAUCAAGAGGGAUCAAGAGGAGCCCAGAACAUCUAGACAGAGAAGAACUACCAAUCCUGAUCAAAAGAACACAAAUGAAGACAGAGGGAAUGAGGAGCCCAGAAGAUCAACACGGAAAAGAACUACCAAUACUCACAAGCAGGAUGUUGAUGAAGAUGAAGAGAUCGAGGAGGAUGAGGAGGAUGAGGAGGAGGAGGACGAGGAGGAUUGGAAGGAGGACGAGGAUGAGGACGAGGACGAGGAAGAUGAGGAGGUGGACAAAGAAGUGGAGCUAGAGGAUGAAGAGGUGGUCAAACAAGUGGAGCUAGAGGACGAGAGUGUCUCUGAUGAGGAUGAUGCAACCAACAAAGUUGAUCUACCGGCUGGUGAUUCAAGGGAAACAGAACCAACACCACUAGAAGUUGUUCCUUCUCAAUCAAGAAGGGAAAGGCUGAGGCCCCCUCCUUCUGCUAGUGUUGUGGAAAAGAAUGAAAAAUCAGAAAAGCACACUAAAGUUGAUGCACCGGCUGGUGAUUCAAGGGAAUCAGAACCAAUACCACUAGAAGUUGUUCCUUCUCAAUCAAGAAGGGAAAGGCUGAGGCUCCCUCCUUCUGCUAGUGUUGUGGAAAACAAUGAAAAAUCAGAAAAGCACUCUAAAUGGGAUUUUGAUCCCCCACCAAUGGACAUUAUGAGAUUCAUUGAUUUUCCCACACCCCGUGAACGUCCACCAUCAAAACCAAGUGAAUGUAAUUCAGAAAGGAACGCAAGGAAAUAUGAUGAUGAUUAUUUUUGGGACAAUUUAAGUGAAGAACAAUUUAAAGAACUUGAUGCCCAAAUUGAAGAUAUAGAAAGGAACAGGACAGAUAAGUCACUUUCUAGCAGCGCAGUUAAGCAAACUCCUGUACCUACAGAUAACCCAAUUGAACAUUCAGAAAGGAAGCCAACAAGAGUUGAAAAGACAACAUCAGCUACAACCUAUGGUCUACAAUCUGCUCCCAGCACUUCACACACACCUGCGUAUCAACCUCCGCCCAGAAGGCCAGCACGACCAGGGCGUGCUUUGCAGUCCCCAUAUAUUGAUUAUGGCAGAAAUGACUUGAAGUGCAGCAAGGUUGCAAGUCGUGCAUAUGAUGUGGUAUGCUCGGCCACUAGAAGGUCAACCAGGAGUUCGAGUCAAAGCUCAAGCCAAGGAGACGAUAUCAUAAUCAGUUAUCCAGAUUACUAUGUGAGCUUGAAGCACCUUUCUGAAUCAGUUAAACCAGGUGGAAAAUUAUUCAACACAGUAGCUGAAAUUUCUAUAUAUGCAUUAAAAUACAGAAAGGCCAAGAUCCCUGUAAAACAAAUACUCCCACUAAGAAUAGCCUCCUUUCUACAAGAUGGGAUUCUGGAUAAUGGGGAGAUUAAUAGUGCUUUCCAAAGAAGCGUCCAUCACCUAGACCGUUCUCAAUUGGUCAUGUUUCCUGUAUUGCAAAAUAUUCGUUUCAAAAGGCUUGAUAGAACAGUGGGCCACUUCUUCCUUCUAGUCUUGAACCUAAGGGAAGAAAGGUUUGAAGUUCUCGAUUCUACGAGGUCUCUCGCUGACAUUAACUUGAAGACAUGCUGCAACAAUUUGAUCACUGCAAUUAAGGAACUUUGGCGCAAACAUUACCCUAAUUCAAGGAAUAAUAUUGACAAGUACCAACUGAUUGAUAUUAAUGUUCCAUUGCUGUCAAACAAUCAUGACUGCGGGUUCCACAUGCUAAUGCACUGUGAACACUGGAAUGGUAUUAACAUGCCACAGUUUAAGGAAAAAGAUAUGCCAACUAUUCGAAAGAUGCUCACAUACAAAUGGCUCCAACAUCCAGAAAACAAUAUUGCAUGGAGAUGUAAAAUGAAUAUUUGCUAGGUGUGAAGCUAUGUGCAGCAGCUAACACAAGAAAGUUUAAUGCAUAGGAGUAACCAUGUGCAGCAGCUAACACAAGAAGCUUUUCAACGCAGAAAGAUGUACAUCUGCAUGAGUGGUGCAUACAACAUAUAUCCAUGUCAUCUAAUGGGCACCAAAACGUACAGUGGUGUAGUAUCAGAUCUGCUAAUGUAGUAGGAACUAUAGUACUAUGUGAUAAGAUCUGCUUAUGCAAAACAACUGACUUGCUUAUGCAAAAGUGGUGAAUUGCUCAAAAGUCAGGAUAAGAUCUGCUUUUUCUUGUAACAGAUCUGGCUAGUUAGGUGAUUCAAGAGAACAAAAUUGCUUCUAGUAACAGAUCUGGCUAGAUCUAUUUUUUUGGGACUAUUUUUGUUGAAAGUAGUAGCAGAAGAAGCUGAUAGUACAAAGUUGUUGCACAAUCACACGUACCUGCUUGUUUUUGGAUGUAUUAGCUUGCCUUUGUUUUGGAUGAAUCUGCCAGCUGCAUAGAUGGUGGCGGCGGCGCCAUGGA